AAAAGAACCAAAACCAAUACCGAAAUCGUCCGUAGCCAUUUUGGCUCAAGCCAUUUUGGUUUAAGCCAUAUCUGCUAAAGCCGUAUCAGUGACCACCGCGACCCCAAGAGGCAAGACUGCAAUGGGUUGCGGCGCUUCUGUCGCUCAGGCCCCUGCGUCGCCCCCCCCCCCGCCCAAGAUGUUCAAGGCAGGUCUGCUCGGCAUCCUCCGGCUCGACUACGGCUACCCGCCGGCGCCGGGUGACAUCGACUCGCCGCUCUCCUACGACUACAAGGUAUUGUACCGCGUCAUUCCGGGGCUCACGUUCGAGAUGUGCCAGUCUGGCAUGGUGGCGGACGAGGUCCAGGAUGAGCUCAAGACCGCGGUCGACUGGCUCAUUAGCAAGGGCGUCAACGGCAUUACGGGCGAUUGCGGCUUCAUGAUGUGGUUGCAGCCAAUGAUCCGCAGGAUGGGCUGCACCAAGAUUCCCGUCUUCAUGUCCUCGCUCGUGCAGCUGCCAGCGAUUACACGUGCUUAUGCAGACGAUGAGAAGAUCGCCAUCUUCACCGCCAACGGCAAAACGCUCGACCCGAUGAAGGAUUUGAUCAGCGACGAGUGUGGCAUCGACACGCACGAUGAGCGGUACAUCAUCGUCGGCUGCGAGGACGUGCCCGGCUUUGAGGCGGUCGCACUCGGAGAGAAGGUGGACGUGCCGAAAGUGACGCCUGGGAUUGUCGAGAAGGCCAAGAAUGUCCUCGCGGAGCACCCUACCAUUCGCGCGAUCUUGCUGGAGUGCACCGAGCUGCCUCCGUACUCGGACGCCUUACGGAAGGCUACGGGCAUCCCCGUUUACGACGCUAUCACUUCCUGCAACAUGUUCAUGGCGGGCGUUCAGGACAACCCGCGCUUCGGCAUCAACGAUUGGCAGGCUGAGUUUGACGGCGUGCAGGAUGACUACAUGUUCGGCAAACACCUCACUCUCGAAAGCCGGGCAAGGGCUGCUAAAUCCGUGGUUGCUAGAAUCGACCUCCGGGAAGUUGUCUUCGUCCUUCCGGGAAGAAGCCCGUUGAUUAUUUCGCGUGCCGCGCCUCAUUCCUGGAAGUUGUUUUUUCCUUCUGGGAGGGCCGUUUUAGCAGCCUUCGCCCAGCUUUCGACACUCGCGCGCAGACUCAAAAACUGGUCAGCAGCCCCAAACCCGCGAAAUAGUAAAGCGAGGCACGCGAGGUGCACAUUCUGUCUGAACCUUCUCCCCCGAAGCUCGGGGGGGCAUCUGCGCAUGCGCAGCAGCAGCAGCGACCUGAGCAGCCGAAGCUCUGCCCGCGCGGCCCGUGUCCCAGCUGGACGUGGCGGCACUGCGGCACUCACUGCCAGCUCGCUACUUCCAACCCGUGUACGGUAGGUUUGCGUCGUGUCGACCAGCGGCGACCCCAGCGC